ACUAUAAAGUUAUGACGUCAGACAAGUCCAACCUUGCGGGAAGGGGAGAAAGUGACGCCACUGUUAAUACAACACUAAUGCCAGGCUGGCCACCUAAACGCCUCUAACGUUAUAUGAGCAUGAUGGGGGAGCACAUCCCUCAGAGGGCUGGGGGUACCCCUGAGGACAGGCAGCAAGGCCCUGAGGACUCAGACGAUGAGGUGGAUGGUGGCCAGCUAUGGGAUACCCAGCACCAGGUGGGGUAUCUAGGUCUGGAAGGAGAAUUUGGGGGAGAGCUGUCCCCCCAACCAUCAUCAAGUGCUGAGUGUGAACAUCGCGUGAGUCCCUUAGACCCGAACCUGUCAUCUGCUGCACGAUACUCUCCACCUCCACCUUACAGCUCACCGGUGACUGGCAUAGAAGCCUCUUUAGAUCACCCUGAUUCUCCUAUGGAAGAUUUGUCUCAUAGCAGCUCCUUGCCUAUCAUUCCCACUGGUGUCAGUAGCAGCAUAUCAAGUGCUACAGGGAGCCUGGUCCACUCCGAAUCUCACAGGUUACCGAUGCCACACUCCUCUGCACGUCAGAUCUCAGGCAGUAGGACCAGCAGCUUUGUAUCCCCAAACAGCCUCUUCACAACACGGUCCUCUUUAUCACAAUCACAGCCUCGCUGGGCAACCCAUAAUGUGAUGUCUGAUGAUGAAAAUGAUGAUGAUGAAAGUCGACCUCCUGUACUAAGUGAAAGUGUUUGGGCAAAGCAGAAAAGAUUAGCAUUAAGAAGUAUUGUAGAAAAUGAGGCAUCUCAGGCUGGUCCCAGUGGCUUACAGUCAGUCACACCAAGCAAUCGCUCUGUCUUUAUAAGUAACCCUCAGCCUGGUCCUAGUGGAGUUCAGGAUGUGCUGCAGCCCAGCUCAAGCUGCAUCCAGAAUCGAUCUCAUGCUGGGUCUAGUGGCUCAAGGAACCUUCCACAACCUAGUCCAAGUAAUCUGGAUGCCAUGCCUUCCACUAACAAAAUUCCUAAUCAACACCAUGAAUCUGAUUCUUCAGACAGUGAUGAUAGAGACCAUGAGUCAUCUGAAAGUUUACCACAGCUGUGCCCCAGCCUGAGUUCCAGGAUGAGGGGACGAAUGGUUCACCUCAGUGAUGGAGAGGCAGAGGCCCUCAGUGGUCCUACCUCAGGAUGUGAAGCUAGCAGCAGUUUGACAGGCCAUGUGACUCCAUUAAGCUCACCAAGCACACCUGCUGAUAAUUGUAUUGUGUCUUCUUCCACUGGUCAUAUUGAUUCAAUACCUCCCACACCCGCUGAAUUCCAAGGCAAUGAUGUGUCCGGUCCGUGCAGUCCAGUGUCCCCAAGUCUUGCCAGCGCAGCAAUACUGGACUCCACUGUUGACUCCACCAGCGGCAGGGAGAUAAUUAAUACUAAGGGACAGAGUUCGGAUGAUGAAAGUGAUGAAGAUAACUUGGCAGCAUCAGGAAUUGAACUGCCAGUAAUGGUUGAUGCAGCAGAAGAAAUUUCUACCUCAGAAGUUGAUCUGCAACAUAGUGAUGAUAGUCAAGAAGUGGCCUUGCUGGUGAAUCCACAAGGAAUGUUUGCAAGUGGAAGGGCUAGUACCAGUCGUUUUAUAGAGCACCUAUCACUCUCCUUGUCACAUUUUUCUGGUAAUUCAUUAGUUCCAGGUAUAUCUGGCAUUGUGAAUGAGCAUCGCAUUGGUUCCAAUAGCCUUGCACCAUCUGAGCCAGGACCAUAUCUUGAGGAUCCUCUGUCCACUCCAGGACCAAGCAGAGUAGACCUCCCAUGCUCCUCUCAAGCUGGAACCAGUCAAGCUGAUGCACCUGUUCAUCAAAACAGAGAUCAGCCUUCAAUCUCAAGUACACACAAUAUGGCAGAUGCAGUUGAGGUGCUUGACAGUAGUUUACCUUUAUUAGAUAUAGCAUCAGGAUUACCUGAAUGUAGCACAGUCUCUCAUGGUGACCACUUAGAUAAUGAUGCACAAUCACAAGCCCUUGAAGGAGCUGUGGUGAGGAUAGAGAAUGAAUCAAAUGAUAUUGCAGAGAAUCAAGAUGAAAUAGAUCCUCUUGUGUCACUUGCUGAUACUGUAAAUGACUCUGUAAAUACUGACAAUUUGGCAGCAGACUCAGGAAACCAAGAUUUUAAUCAGUUGACUCCAUCAUAUGUACUUGAAUUAGCUGAUGAAAGCUCAGCAGGCAGUGAAGAUGCUCUGAGCUCUGCUUCUUGUGAUAAAGAUGAGCUUGUUAGUGUAAGUACCAAAAAGGGAAGCUACCAGUCUCCAGUAACAAGUCACCAGCCACUGCUUGAAGCUGAGGCUGUGACUGGGGAUUCUUUAGAUAACUCCCUCGGAAUCUCUCUGACAUCUUCACAAUCCAGGAAAGAAUUAGAAUCUGAUGUCUCCUUACCAGGGACAUCACAGGAACAAAGCCUCACGCAGCAGCUGAUAACCUCCCAGGGGAAUCAAGUUUCCCUUCUGGUUGGUGGUAGUGAUGACAGUAGUGAUGGAGCACUUCUGAUGAUGGUGACCUCUCAUCCAAGCUCUCUACAAAACAUAGUUGCCCAUGAAAAAUCUUUGGAGAAAGAAGAAAGUGGCAACCUUCUUCCUUGUCUUGAUGCACCAUCACCUCAGAAUGUUCCGUGCGAUGAGAAGGAGUCUCCUCCAGCCAGUGUAUCCUCUAUAGAAACCAUUUCCACAAAACAGAAUGUGAUCGCUACUACUGCUGGUCACAAAGAUGUGGAAGUAGAAUUCAUAGGAGCUGAUUUCUGGUGCGGGGAGUGUGGACACAUGUAUGCCCAUGAAUGCCCAACACACCACUUGCAAGACUCAGAGAAGUCAGGCAGAACAAGGGCAUGGAUGUCCAACUCAGCUCGGGAAGUCACCAGCCACAAAGCAUCUGAUGCUGAUGUAGGACGCUGUGUGGACUGUGAGCAGGAGGAUGACCAUGAGUGUCCACAGCAUCAUGUGCAGGCCAUAUCAGACAAGCCUGUGCAGACCAGAGCUUGGGCGUCACUUCCUGGUCAACAUUUGGCCAUUCGUAAAGUUACAGGCACUGAAGAGUUUGGUGUGUUCACUCGAAAAGUCAUUCCAAAGCGGACUCGUUUUGGGCCCUUGGAAGGCAUCAUGAUGGACGACCCCAGUGACAUUCUGCCCUCUCCUGGCCUCAUCUACUCUGUUCUGAUAGGAGAAGAUACAUUUUUUCUGGAUAUCUCUGAUGAAGGCUCCUCUAAUUGGAUGAGAUUUGUGAGGAAAGCAACAAGUUACCUAGAGCAGAACUGUGUGGUGAUGCAGAUUGAAGGUUCUUUGGUGUUCCUCACCAGUACCGACAUUCUUCCUCGCACAGAACUCAGAGUCGGAUACUCCAAGCAGUAUGCCAGCCAAAGGAACCUGCACUCACUAGAGCCAACACAGCAGGAAAUAUCAGUGCUGGAGUCAAUGAGGAAGUCUUGGCCAUGCUAUGAGUGUGAUGAAGGAUUUGAGUCUUCCGCUGAGCUGCAGCAACACCUCACCUGUCAUGAUGUGGUUGCUGGAGAUGAGGAACGUAAAAAGCGCAAGAGGCUAAAAUCUCGUCGGCCACGUGCCAAUGGUGAUGCUGAGACAUCCUCCAAGAAGAUGGUCAAGAGGAUAAAGAUGUCUGGAGAAGAGGCUUCAUCUGCUGGUUCAUCUCAGAUUGGAAGAGUCGGUCUUCAAGCAAAUGGAGAGGAGGGUCCCCUGCAUCACAUAUGCAAGAUAUGCAAUCGUGCUUUCACCAAAGCAGAAGUCUUGAAAAUUCAUGUAAUUAGUCAUCAAACUGUGGAAAUUAAAGAAGAGGAUGAUGGAAUAAGUUUGAAGCAAGAAAACAAGACAUGCCCUCAGUGUUUCAAGAACUUUGAUAGUGAGAUGGAACUGUCCUUUCAUGUGGAAGAACACAGCUUGUGUUUGCCAUUGUCCACCAAACCAUACAAAUGUGAAUUCUGCUAUAAAUCAUUUCUGCGGCAAGACAGCUUACAGGCCCACUCAGCUGUCCACAGUAAUGAAGCAGAGAAGCCCUUCCGGUGCAAUAUGUGUCUGAGGCGCUUCUGCAAUAACUCUGCUCUCAAGACUCAUGUCAAAUUCCACAUUGAAGGCAGUAAAGGCUAUGACUGCCCCAUUUGCAGGGAAGGGUUCUUCUCUGUGGCCAGUCUGAAGGCCCAUGUCUCCACUCACUGUGUCAAUGAGCAGUAUAAGUGUCCCACCUGCAACAAGGAUUUUCCUACAUAUAGUAAAAUUCGACGCCACAUAAGAUCGUACCAUGCCAUCUCGCCUCACACGUGCUCCAUAUGCAGCAAGCAGAUGCCCUCCACUGACAAAUUAAAAAUCCACAUGUUAAGUCACUCAGAUCGGAGGGAUUACCUAUGCCAAGACUGUGGAAAAAGAUUUAAGCGGAAAGACAAGAUGCGAGAACACUCCAAGCGCAUGCACUCCUCUGAUCGUGAUGCUCGGGCUUCCAAGGUUGCUGCCAAGGCACCUCCAAAGUUUGUCCCAAAGGUAGACCCAACAGACUACAUGCAGUUUGAGUACAAGUGUCAUACCUGCCUUCUGGGAUUCAAGAGGAGAGGAAUGCUUGUGAAUCACUUAGCCAAACGUCAUCCAAACGUUGACAUGACUAGUGUACCAGAGCUCAACCAGCCAAUCCUCAAGGCCACACGCUGCUACUACUGCCAGUAUUGUGAGAAGAUGUAUCGUAGCAGCAGCAAACGCAAGUUACACAUCUUAAAGUAUCACCCAGGAGAGGAGCUUCCCCCAUCCUCCACGUCACAUAAAGAGAGUACAAGUGGAGAGGAUUCCACUUACUCACAAACUGUUGGUGCUAUUACUACUUACCCACAUCCUUGUAAGUGGUGUUACCGCCAGUAUGCCUCCAGAGCACGAUUAUUGCGGCAUCAGCGCCACCAACACCCAGAUGUUAUUACUGAUAGUCCCUUCAUGAAGGAAUAUGGGAAGGACACAGCUGAGCCAGAAGUAGGUGACAUAGAUCCUCUUCUUGAUGAUUCUGCUGGUAUGUCAGGUGAACUUCCCCUCAGAGAUCAAAUUGUAGAGGGCAACUUAAUGCGAAAUCCUCGGGUAGGUAAUAUGUCAAGAGGGGAGCCUAGCACUUCAGGAGUUCAGGGUCCUGAGGAUGACCUCCUAACUCAGGCCAUGGGAGAAAUAACGCCUUUAGGAAAUGGAGACCAGUAUGUGCGAUUGAUUGGAGCUGGAGCAGAAGGCCAACCAGUAAUGCUAGGGGCAACACAAGCUAAUCGUUCACUCUUGAUGAACAAUGAUGGUGGACAGCAAGGAGCCACUUUAGCUUUGGUCACCACAGACAAUGCAGAUACUGUCACUUUGUCUCUUCCUGCUGGACAGUUCAUUUCUCUUAUUCCUGGCUUGUCUGUGUCUGGGGCUGCUUCAGUGGUAACCCCAGAUGCAAGGGCAGCCUCCAGUGGUAGAGAAUCAGCACGCAUGGAAGGUGUUGAAGCUCAGGAAGAUAACAGGGCAGCCAGUCAGGAGCUUCAGAGAGAGAUCCUGUCCACAAUAAGAAUGGGUCCCAGUCUCAGCAAGGAGGAAUCAGUUGAACAAGUGGUACUGACAGCCCACCAGUCACCUUCUCUUUCAAACUCAGUGGUAUGGCAACAAGCACUCUCUUUCACUAAUACAACUACUUAAUUGUGGCAGCUCAUCUCUGACCUCCAGGUACCAAACACCAAAUAUGCCUUUUUCUAGCAUGUUAGUCUCACCAUUGGUUUAUAAGUAUUAGUUAUGGUGAUACUAAACAUUCCAGUUGUUGUGCACUUACCAAUACCAUAAUGCCUUAGACUGUUCAAUACAAAUGUGAUGAAUCAAUAGAUUCAUUUACCUGAUGAGAGCUGAUAUAUAUAAAUAUACUUUUUUUCUUUUAAUACUGAGGCUUGCUUUAAUUUCUAGUCUUGUUUAAAAUAAGUAAAAUUAUGCAUUAAUUAUGGUCCUGAAGCUCAAUUUAUAAUUUAUAUGUUGAAGAACUUGUGUAUUUCUAUUUUUGAAUCAAAGUAAUAAACAAAACAUAUCUC